AUGUCCGGCGCAAGUGUUCGAGAAUCGGCACGCAAAUGCGAGAUAGGACAGACCUCAUCUCUUGCGCCAUCACAUCUCCAAGCUAACCUUAUCGUUCUGCCUUCGCGCUAUGCUGGCGACUUCGAGCGAUUCUGCAAGAGAAAUCCAGUACCGUGUCCUCUAAUCGCCAAAUCUGCCGCAGUAGGAUCCUAUAAUGCUCUCGAAUCAUGGAUAGAAGGGGUGGCAGAUGAAGAUCUGGCUGCAAAUAUCGAUAUCCGAACCGACAUUCCAAAAUAUAUGGUCUACGAGCAUGGCGAGCUCUUAGGCGAUCAUGUUGAUGACAUAAAGGCGCACUGGACAGACGAUCAUGUAGCUUUCUUAAUCGGAUGCUCGUACAGUUUUGAAGGCGCUCUUGUUGAUGCUGGAUUAACGCCAUCGCACAUCAGACACUAUCGAAAUGUGCCGAUGUACAGGACUAACAUAUCUUUGUGUCCUGCUGGAGUCUUUGACCGGGGCACAUAUGUGGUAUCUAUGAGGCCAUACAGAAAGGAUGAUAUCGAGAAAGUUAGAGAAAUCACAAGACCAUUUCUAGCAACUCAUGGGGAACCCAUUGCUUGGGGAUGGGAUGCCAUCGAGAAAUUGGGAAUUCGGGACAUUACUAAACCAGAUUGGGGCGAUGCCUCUGUCAAUGAUAAUGGAAACCCACUGAGUCCAGACGACGAAAUAGUUCCGGUGUUUUGGGGAUGUGGUGUUACCCCGCAGUACGCUGUUGUCAGCGCUGGCUUGGAGGGAACCGUCAUGGGUCAUGCACCGGGCCACAUGCUAGUAUUAGACUGCAGAGACGGUGAUCUUGUUAAGAAUUGA